AUGGCCGACCGUGCUGAGAAGAUGAGGCGUCGACUGACGCAGCACUCAUCCGGUGCACAAGCAGCUUCCUCCUCACUCCCUUCUCCGGCUUCCCGGGCGACUCCACCUCCACCAUGGAACGUGGUGGAGUUGUCGCCGUCUCCUGUCGCCUCACCUUCCAAGCUUCUGCCUCUGGUACCAACGGAGAGCCAAAAACCUCACCUUCCAGCUAGAGAUGAGGAAGCGGAUGCGGGCGCUAAAGUCUACGUUGCAGACCCUCAGCAAUCACCUGCGUCAAUCAGAGGAGGCUCGUCAAGAAGAACAUGCUACCUUCAUCAAGGCGAGGGAGGUCCACACAGCCGAACUCUUGAGAGUCACCCGCCAAUAGAGGAGGAGCGAGACAAAGCUAUCGCCGCUGCUGCCACCGCCGUUGCUUUUGAGGCGGACGUGAAGUCGGCGGUCGAGGGGUGGGGCUUCACGCCGGUGCUGGACCUUCUGCCGGCCCCUGAGGCGGCCGUGGCGACCACUGAUCCUUCUCCGGCGGCCCUUCCUGUGGCGGACCCAAUUGUGCCGGCUGAGCCGCUGCCUUCAGCAGAAGACCCUUCGCCUACUCCUCCAGCUGGAACAUCGGUAGAGGAGCAAGUCGAGGAGGUCAACGCUGAUGUACCUUCCCUCGUAGCUUAG